UCUAAAUGAUCAAGAUGGUCGGUGAAGUAACAAGCCGUGUGUUGUUGGAGGACGUUCUGUCGGAGAAGCAGGUCCACCACAUAGUGAAGCAGGCGACCGGUGCCGACACCUGGGCACUGCGUGCGAGUGACGUCACGCCGGCGGCGGACGGCAUGGCCGGCUUCCUCGCAGACCACAAGCGAGUCAGGCUGGACGUCGCAGUGGACGGGCAAGUGAAACACAUCCAUCUGUUUAUAAAACGUAUCCCACUGAACAACCAGCCGAAAGCAGAUUUAAUUACCAACAACAAUUACUUUAGACGUGAGCAGUUCAUGUUCCAAGUGCUCGAGGAGAUCCGAGAUCACAAUGAUCCAAAUCCCUGGUGUCCGAAAGCGUACAUCUACACUGACUCAGUGAUCGUGAUGCCAGACUUGUCGGUAGAAGGGUACGCCUCGCCUUACUACCUGGACACGCUGGACUACGAGCACCUGAUGCUCGGCAUGGCAGCGCUCGCCAGGUUCCGGUUCCACGCAGCCUUCACCAACUACGAGACCAAGAAAAGUAUUGCCAACAACCGUCCGUACAACACUAACGAUCAACAUGGAAACUUGCUGACGGAGCCGACAUUCUGUGACUGUCCCUUCAUGAAAUCUUGCGCCAAACUAACUGCAAACUUCCUUAAGGCUUACUCUUGCAAGCCGUAUCGGAAUCUACCUGAUUUGGAGGCAAAAAUAGGUAAGCAGAAUUUAGUUGCAUGUGAUACUAUGAGGGAGUGGAAGGGCACACUGAACGUACUGAUCCACAAGGACCUGUGGGUGAACAACAUCAUGUUCAAGUACCAGGACAAUGAACUCGUCAACGCGAUGAUCGUCGACUUCCAGCUGAUCCGAUACACGCCGCCCGCGUUCGAUGUAAUGACCUUCAUGUAUUUGACGACGUCCAGGAGCUUCAGAGAACAGUACGAGCGAGAGCUGUGCGACCGAUACUUCGCAGUGUUCUGCCAGCAUUUGGACGAUGACUCGAAGCGGCGAGUUAAAGAAUUGGGGUACGAUAAGGCAAGCUUCCUGCAGUGGUGCGAGCAGAGUCGCAUGUUUGGACUGUUGGAAUCGGUCGCCAUUCAUCCCUUCGUCCUGAUGCAUCCCAAAAUUGCACAGAAGACGUUCGACGAUCCCGAGACGUACGACCGGUUGGUGAACGAGGACCGCACGGAGCCGGUGCUGGCGUAUGCGCAGCAGUGCGCUCGCUACCGGGACAGGAUGCUCGAGGUGUCCGAGGAGUUCGUCGAGAGAUACGUGCUGAGCGAGUCGUGAUCUGCUCAGUGAUCAGAUCACAUACGUUGUUAGCUCAAAUUUUUAUUAUAAUGUAACAUGGUGUUACGGGAGAAUUAUUUUAAUUAAAAUAUAUGAAUAAUUUACACUUAUUUCAUUAGGUGAUAAAUAUUUUUCAAGUCGGUGUUUCAUACCCACUAGCUAUUGUAAUUACACAAAACCUUUGAUUUGUACAUGCCAUUAGUUUCAGUUAAGUCCUUGUAAAUAGAACUUCAGUAACCUUCAAUGUUUAAUCUCGUUACGCGGACAACCAUGUCUCUGACAAAUGGCUUUAUAAGACAUAAACCGUGUUAACACGUGACAACAUCGUUGAUCAAAUACAAUAUUGAACAAAUCAGAGACAAUGUAACACAUGUCAGGUUCAUCACACCAAAUACCACGAACCUAAGUAGUAAAUGUGACGCUAUGUCGGCGAGGUGGUGGCGAGGUGGCGAGCUGGCGAGGUAGUGGUGAGUGGUGAUGCAAGUGAGGCGCCAGAUGGCGCGUCCGUGUGUCCGCCCUGUAUGGACAUGCCGGCCGGCUGGCUAGGGAUGCUGCUUUCAACAAUCUUAACUAUGUAUGUAGUUAAUCAGUCUGAUCUACAAGGCCUACAAGAAAGAUAGUUUUCCUUCUUUAAAACAUGGCCUCAAACUAUUCUCCAGUGUUAGGGUGCAUUGAUACUGUGCAUUAAAUCUUAGGACUUUUCGUAUAUCGUUAAGUUGUAUAUUCGUAAUCAAUGAACCGACCGAAAAGGAUACCGACUCUUGACCAGCAGAUGAAGAUAAUAGAUAGAUUUUGAAACCAUUUAAAUGUCGAGUAGCGUAUGUAAAUUAAAACCGUAUAUAAUUUUACGCAACAAACACAACAGUGGCACUGACAGCCCUACACGUGACACAGUUAGCAGGCUGAAUAUGGACAGCACACAGCGCUCUCCAUAUCUAGACAGAAAAAUAGCCUAUUUACUGCUAAUGCAGUUUAUUUCGCGAUCGAUUCGCUUUCCUACCAUUAUGUACCUACCUACCUAAGU